UGAGAAUUCAAUUCGAAACAAUACAAAUAAAUUCGUAACAAGUCUUGGGUUUUUCUUUUUGAUCAUAAUGUAACAAUGCCUGGUGUUUCGAAAAAUUCAUCGUCAAAAAACAUCGCUUCGGAAGAAAUUUCUGAAGAAUUGUUGGAAAAAAUGCGCCAACUUAAUGAAAAAUUGUUGGCCCUAGAUUAUUCAAGAGAAUUUGUUUCCAAUUAUAAAUGUCCACCUAUACAUCGAUAUUUUUUCUGUAAACAAAUUAAUCAGGCUCAACAAUUUUUCGCCUUUUGUUGUUUGAGUUCAUAUUUGUUGAGUAAAUUGAAUAAUGGUCGACAAGAGAUUAAAGUUGAUAGUUUUGAUGAUCCAAAUUUGACUAUCGACAAGAUUAUCGGUGCAUCGCAACCAUAUGGCAUUGGUGAUGUUUCGAAAAACCGGCUCAAAAUUGGCUAUGGUGCUGAAGUGAUUACUUUGCUUUCGAUUUUGACCGACAAACUAUUUUCGGAACGAUAUCAGAAUCAAGAAGCUAACAUUGAAAUUAUAGUUCGAUCAGGAGAUGGAUCCCGAAUUGAAGUUGAAGAGGAUGACGAUGAGGACUAUAUUGAAGACGAAGAUCAAGAAAAUGAAAUUGUAUUGGAAGAAGAGUUCGAAGAUUAUUUGGAAACAGAAUCCGAUUUAGUUGUUCAUGAUGGCGAUGAUGAAGAAUGGCAAGAUACAUCACUGGAAACAAAUCAACAACAAUUACAGCGACAAAUGAUACAAGCCACAGAAAUUGAUCUGUCCGAAUGGAAGCUUGAAUUGGAACGUAUUUUACCACAGAUGAAUGCUCAUAGAUUUAUGAAAAAUCAAAGCAAAGAUCGCAUGACGAUGUUUAUGGCGACCAACGACAUGAGCAACGAAUGGCGGAUUCAUUUGCAAGCUGCACGUCGUCAUCAUACCAAUAUUGAAACAAUAUUUAGUCAAACGGAAGGAAUGCUAACCAAAAUAGAAGCUGAAAUGAAAACAUCUAUGGAAAAGAUCGCAGCAAAAGAAAGCUAUCUACAUCAGAAUUGCAAUACCAUACUCGCUGAAUAUAUAAAUGUUCGUCAACGAGCUAUCGAAUUGAAACAAUCAUUGGAUCAGGCCGAAUCCGAACUUGAGGCAAGAUCAUUACGGCUACAAGAAUUGAAUGAAGAAGAUCGAUCGACUAAACAAUCGAUCGAAGAAUUUAGCCUACGAAUGACCGAUUCAUCACCGCUAGCCGAAGCAAAAAAAGCAAGGGAAAUGCUUAAACAGGAAAUGAUCCGAAUUAGCCUACAAAUUGGAGUGGCCAUACAAAUUCUAGUUCGACAUGUUUCUGCACAUUCAUCAUAUUAAAUAAUUUAUGUUUGAUAAAUUUCUUUAAAUGUUUGUUUGUUUGGUUUAUCUUUAAAAAGUCACGAUUAAUUUAACACGCAGAAUUAUAUUCGGUAAUGCACAAUCAUUUGAA